AUGGCCAGCAGCUUAUCCACGGACGAGCCAACUCCAGUCAACUUUCUGACCCUAUACAAAUCGGGGGGGUCAAGAGACUCAGCUGGGAAAGUCAUUGAUGUUACGUGCAUUGAAGUCGAGAAUCCCGGUGCUCUACGCUUUCUACCGCUGGGUGAUGAUGCUCAGGUAAUUGGUAGACAAGCCACCAACUAUGCAAGACCUCUGAACCCUCUGAAAGCAAGUCGCGAGCUGAUGCGAAAUUGGCUGCACACCUGCGAGCUUGAUCAUCAUGCCUGCAAGAGCGCCGACUCGAGAAUUAGGAGUCGCGGCAAAGGCCCAAAAAGGCUCGUCAACGUCCGGACCAUGUGCGUCGAAGACGUACCAUCUUCAGUGGAAGCCCGGUAUUUUGCGCUGUCCUAUGUCUGGGGGAACGCGUCUCGGCGCCGGCUUUCGGGCGAGGAAACCAAAGUCAAAAGCGACGGCAAGGCCUUGUCGGCUCAUCGCGUUGUUCGUGACGCCAUGGAACUCACUAGAGAAUUCAACGAGACGUAUUUGUGGGUAGACAGCUUCUGCGUCCGUCAGGAGGAUGCUCACGAACGCGCUUCCGAGAUUGCCCAAAUGAACAACGUCUACUACUGA